AUGGAGCUCACCGCGUUACCCAUGCGUCGCGUCCAACCCUCGCCACGAGCGGCGCGUAAAAGCGAGUGGCUCAAGAGCGCCCUGGCUCAUCACCACUGCCCUGAUCCCGGCGUAGAGAACGAGAUCGUUGUACUCGCCACAGGGAUUGACCAAUACCUGCAGGAGGUAUUCCACCACCUAGCCCACCCGAACCAGGAUGAUACGGUAUCUGCAGAGGAUUUUAUCGAGCUGUGCGCCGUGCUGGGACUCACCAAGGUGGAGAAAGAAAACAGGACUGAUAAGGAAGGAUCUAGAGAUGAGGACAAAGAUGAGGAGGAUGAAGAGUUUGUGGAUUUGUGCUCUGAGCUGCCAUGCAAGCUCUCGUUUAAGAACUUCCACUCGCGUCUCUGUGGAUAUUUCCGUCUGCGGAGUGCACGCAGAGGCACCGGGGAAUGUGCUUUACGCCUGCCCGUCACAGAAGACACGGAGCUGGUAGAGAGGCAGAUCCGGGUCCGGUGGCCUCGUGCAAGACGGAGAAAGUGUGUGAGUUUUGAUCUAACGGGGGAGCAUCACGGAGUCUCCAAGAGAUCCACGAAAGGUCGAACAGCAGAAGAGUCCGGUAAGUUGUAGAGGGCCUAUUUUGAUGCCACCUGUGCCGAUCAAGGAAUUCAGGAUGUUGACUCCACAGCUGUCAAGGCUUUUAAAGGGAAUGACCUAACCCUAACCCUAACCCGUGUUUCUGUUUUUAGCUCUCACCUUAGCAGUGUGGUUCCACAAUCUGACUGUUUUUAUUCAUCAUCGGUGUGACCAUACACUCAUCUUAGGACCCCAGACAAGAAGAGGGUGUUCCCUUGUGGCCACUGUGGUUUGUCCACCAUAGAUUUGCAUCUGAUUUGUUUUGUUUCCUUAACCAUCCGUUCACCCUCUUACAUAAGAAAGAACUGAGGAACAGUUUAUUCAAGUGAAACUACAAAAACACACAACAACAGUGGUAAUAAGGUGAUGAUAUUUACUUCCUUUGUUACCUUGUUCUGUGUGGUGGCAGGCCCCGCCCCCCUCUUUGACCCUUCAAUUAUUUUUGGAUUAAAACUAUAAAGUGAAUAAAUAGUAGAAAACAAUCAGAGAUAUCAAUCAUCUGACAAGAAACUAAUAAGUCAGUAACUUUUCAGGGCAGAAGAUGUGGCGUCCAUGAUUUCCAAAAAGAAUGUCAAAGUUUUGAUUCAUCAGGCUAAAAGAUGCUUUUCUUCUUCCCCAUAGUCUAUCUUAAACGGUCAUAAGCACGACUAUGUCCUUCUGCUCGGUUUCUUCUUUCAUUGUGAAGUUUGGAUCUGCAUUCUCAGUGUUUAUUGACGGUGGCUCUGUGCCAAUGUCUGUCAUUGAUGCCCUGAGGCCUCAAACAUCUCAGCCGUCCUGUAGGAGUUUUAUACAGGAUCGGAGUCUUUUAUCUGAGACAUGCAGCCUCUCCUGAGUGAUCUUUUUAUUCUUAGCCAUGUUGCUAACCUGCAGCAGGAUUCAUUUUAUUCAGGUUUCCACGGCUUUUAAAAUGUCUGCUUGUUUCUUUCGGCCUUUUUCUCUUUUUUAGAAAUGUUACCCACUCAAGCCAGUUGAUCAAACCCCAAUCUAAAAAAGUUUGGACACUUAUGCUGAUUAAAAAAAAAAUGUUUUAGUUUGUUUUCAAGUCAUUUCAGUCCAAACAGUGCAAAGAAAACAUAUUUAAUGUUCACACUGAAAUAAAUUGUUUUACGCAAAUUGUAUUAAAUUUGAUGCAAACAACGUUAAAGUCAAGUAUGUGCAUGAAUUUGACUUGUACCUGGUUAAAAGUAAAGAAAGGUCCCUGCACUUCAAAUUUCUCUCUAUUCUUAGUGCUGCACGAUUAAUCGAUUUUAUAAUCGUAAUUGGAUCAUUUGAUUAAGACGAUGUUAAAAAAAUUAAAAUCAUCAAAUCAAUUUUCCUCUCUCAUGUCUCCGGCCUCCAGGCCACCGUAGACUCCCCCUUCCUGCGAGAGCUCUCCCCAGUUCCCGCACACACCAGUGUAAACAAACAUGAUGUUUGUAAAAGAAGGCGAUAAUUUUGUGGCUAAGUAGGACAAGAGCGAGUCAGUCGUGUGGAAUUGGUACGGCUUCACAGUUUCAGACAACGAGCAAACCACUCUCUGCUGUAAAGUCUGUCUGAAGGCGGUAUCAGCCCAUCCACAAAAAAAAAUUCAGGAGUAAACGCAAAAGUUUUUUGUCGUAUCGACGUUUCAUCCACAUGGAAACAACGUUUCAGGUGACUGUAAACGGUACUUUUUGAAAGCGGGUCAGAGAGUGCAUAAAUCCGUAAACGACUACCAUUUCAUCUCCGUGUGGAUACCUAUCUGCAUCUCUCGAAUCAUUUAUGUUACACACGGCGUAACUCCUAUGGCGCCUGCAUGUGUCCAAAGCAAUCUUUAUACGCAUACUCCGUACUCUUCUUCUGUCGUUUGUGCAUUUCCUUGACAGCAUGACAGCACCACUUAUUGGCUUGGCAUAUGCAAUAAUUGUUUUCAGGGGUUUCGUUUUCAGAGAUGACAGAAAAACUUAUCAUUAAAGGGAAGUUUAGUGAAGUUGUCACUGAAUAAAAAAAUCCAAAUUGAAAAUCGAGUUUUUGGGGGAAAAAAAUAGGAUGUAAUUUUUGGCCAAAAUCGUGCAGCCCUAAUUCUUCUGUCCUUGCAGUCCCUCCGAUUUCCCCAAUAACACACCUCCUCGUACACUGAUAAUGGACAGUGCAGUGUAAGUUCUAGCUUGCUCCAAGCAUAUUCAGGCACACUGAUGGCUUUGCCUUUGCCUGCCGGUGGAGAGGAUUGGACAGUUUUCCUGUAAGAGAACAGUCUGCUACUAGUCACAGUUGCAGAUGUCACAGAGACACACUAAUAUUUAGACUGAAAAUAAAUGAAGAAAAAAACACAAAUAUCCAGUGACUGGUUUUCACUUUUGGUCAGUUGGUGUCUUCCAAAGAGAGAGAGGAAAUAUGAGGAGGAGAAGGCGGUGAUGGUAUCUACCAAAUGGUUGCAGUCUGGGGUUAGAGUAUGUGGCAGACUUGAGCUUGAGUUAAAGCUAAAUGAACAACCCUCACACCAAACCUGACCAUGUGUCCUCUUGUCUACUCCGCUCAUUUUCUUUUCCAGAUGAAGCCGCGGCCCUAAGGGAGCUGGUGGAAGACCUCCGCUCUGCCCUGCAAGGGAGUGACGCUCGCUGCUUGGCCUUAGAGGUGGCCCUCAGACGAGAGAGGAGCCGCAGACUCCCUUCACCGUCCAGGCGUAAAACCUCAGCUUCAUCUCCUACAACCUCUAUCACUCUUAAAGAUGGAAAACUGGUCCCAACACUCAGAAUCAAAGGGCAGGGCAGUGUUGGAGGACUAGAGGGGGGAAGGAGACUGGGCAGAAGACGAGACAUCAGGGACCCCCUCCUGAGGGAGCUGAGACUGAUCCGCUCCUCACGGGACGGGCAGCUUGAGGAGGCCAUCAAAUUUAAUGAGCGUCUGGAAGAGGAGCUGCGAUGGGCGUACCAGGAAGUACGUAAACUUCAGGGGGUGGAGUCAGCACUGAGGAAGGAGAACACUCACAUCAGGUUAGAGGAGUUACUUGAUGUUUUGUGGGAACAAUGGCUGAAUAUGAAAAGACUAGUAUAAUAAUAUUGGAUAACUCCCAUCAGGCGGCGAGCUGAGGAGGCCAGGGAGGCCCUGAGCUUGGGGCUCCAGAGGGUUCGGACGAUCCAGGAGCAGGCUCAGUCAGUGCCGCAGCUUCAGUCUCGGAUCACCCAGCUGGAGACUGAACUACACCAGUACAGGUGCAAAGAGAGUGUGUGUGUGUGUGUGUGUGUGUGUGUGUGUGUGUGUGUGUGUGUGUGUGUGUGUGUGUGUGUGUGUGUGUGUGUGUGUGUGGUCCAAAGCGGGUGCCCGGGCAUGUUUACGCAUCCAUUUACACAUCAUUUGCCUCUAAGCUCCGCUGAUUUGAAAUUCAAUGCGUUUAAGCCGAGAGACUUAGUAACCCAGAAGCCUCGCUCUGUGUCAGUGCUGAGAAAAGUAGACUAGGUUAAUUUUCAGUAAACACUACUGUACUGACACUAAACAAAGACUCUUUCUCCAACCUCCCAUUGGAACAUGAUCCAGUGCUUUAGGGGCUGGUUCAAACCUGCUCUGAUGGCCUUUUAUAAACAGUCGUAGUAUUUUAGUAUCUUCAACUAUGUAUGGUGAUGAAUCCUCGUCUAUUAAACAUGUCACAGCUGAGUGUUUUGUUUAAUAGCAAAGAAAAUUAAGUGUCUCAAUCUCGCAGCUCUCACUGACUUUUAGUACACAAGCUUCUUUAGUGUUAGGCUCUUUAAACCAUAAAUUUGGCUUUAUAAGAGGUAUAUUUUCCUGUGGCUUUUCCACCCCCAGUUCCUGCUGCACCUGCAUCCCCAACCCCGCCCAUCAACAGAGCAGCCUGAUGGGAGGAGAAGACACCCAUGGCAAGACAGGUGAGUGACAGAGGAGAGAUUUGCACUGAGCAGUUGGGGCGUAAGAGUCAGUUUUAUAUCAGCUGUGCUUUUCCACGUUUCCUUUUUUUACAGACAAUCUGAUGUGUCUCACUGAUUCUAGUAAGACAGUCUAUUUUGGGGUCUCCUCUUAUUCAACAUUUACAUGCUUACUCCCUGGAGUGAAUCCUACAUACAGUAGAAUUGGACUCUAAGGGUCUGAUCUACUAAAGGUUUGCAUGUACAAAAACACUUGUAAACUGUCAAAUGAGCAAAACAGCACGUGCAAUCCAUUUAGCGUGUUUGCCUUCAUGAAUAUGCAGAUUGUUUGUAGAUCAUCCGAACACGUAAAGCUCUGUGAGGAGCAGAUGCAAAUGGAGUCAUUUAGCACCCGCAAUGUGAUUUAUCAAACCUGGAAAUCGAUUAUGGUCGCUGUUUUUGCGUCUAUAUUUAGCACGUUUGAAAGGCAGGUGCAAACUGGCACAGUGUUAUGCACGGUCAUUGUGGGGAGAAGGAGGCAGAAGUGCAAUGAUAGACGACGUAGAGAGAGAGACUUUCCUGCGUGUGUCAACAUAUUUAGACUGUCAGAGAUAAAAAAUAGUGGAGUAGUGGUCAUAGUAAUGCUGGGUGACAAAAAUGAUCCAUGCCAUAUCUCCUUUGGAAAAACUCCUUGUAACACUGCAUCACAGAUAGUGCGUCUUACAGAAUAGUUUUUCUGGUGUGCUGUGUUGAAAGUGUUGAAUGCUAUGUCACGCAGAGUGGGCAAGUAUAUCCAGUUCCCACGCAUUUGGGACGCAGUAAAUAACAGAAAACACAGCAGGUCUUGGUGACUGUCGAAUUUUGGAGACUUGAACUGAGUGCUGCAGAGCUCCUUGUCUUGAAGCUCGUGAUUUAUUUUGUUUUUCUGGGAAAUGACGGUUUUCAUAAAUAAUGAGGUCAAACACGGAACAGACAAAAAAAAAUACUGUUUGUCUUAUUGAUUUUAAUCCUUUGUUGAUUUGUUGUAUAUCUUCUUGCAUCUUUAAAGCACUUUGAAUUGCCUUGUGUAUAAAUGGUGUUAUAUAAAUAAACCUGCCCUGCUCAGCUUUUAUGCAGUUCCCCAAAACAAUAUGUGCAACGACAUAGCUUUGAACUUUACUUUUCCAUCUACGAUCACUUAACCCUCAUAAAGUCGCCAUGGUAACAGCUGAUAGCACAUGCAAUAUCCUCGUAUAAAGAGGGUGGUCCGCACCACUUUUGCACCUGUGAUCAAUUGCGCAUGCAAUGAUAGUGGCUCACCCUCAACACGCCCACUAAUAGGGCAUGCAAUUUUUUAGUUUGCACAUGCAAUUUAGUGUUCGCUAUUUGGGAUCUUAGUAGAUCAGGCACUAAGUGUUACAUCCUGUCAAAGCCUGGUACUGCAGAUGUUUUUUGCACCAUAGAAGAAUUGGAUGUCCAAAACUUUCUGUAUCUGAAGUCACUGUCAUUAUCCUCUCUGCCUGCAGUUCUAGCUACACAGAUAAUUUGUCUGGAUGUCCUGUAUAGCAAUUGUAAAGAGGUCUGCAACUAAGGGGUCAUUUUUGACUCUGGUCUGACCCACUUUGUGGACCACCGAUACAAAUAAAGGAACUUUCUGUCAUUGUGCAGAUGCAGAGUGUCUUCAGAGAGCAGUGGAGGGCAGAGCUGCCUCUGAUGAAGAGGAGGAGGAUAGAGGGAUGACUAAAGAAGUCCACUUCAGCCCACCAGAAAUGAAGAAGCUCAUCAGCCAACAACACGACUGUGCCAAAAGGUGAGCCGCCGCCAUCCAGCGCGCUCAAACAAACGUGUGCAUGUUUUUCAGUUUUAGAGGUGACAUCUUUUUUCUGUCAAGGUGUAAGAGCAGUGUGGUCCAUCAACAUCCCUCCCUGUCUAGCAGUCCUGACAGAAACCUCAUCAGCACUUUAAAGGACAGCAGGGGGCGCCAUACAUGGAAUUCAGGACUCAGCCAAGAGCAGUUGCAGAGGAGAUGCUCUGUAAAAGAAAAGGUGAGCGAAAGAGAGGAUGAUGCCUAAUUUAAUAAAAAAAAAUUCAACCACAUUGGAUUAAAAGCUGAAGCACAUUCAUUUCAGGUGUUCUAGGUGUUAUUUGGAGCUUUUCAUGGAUUCAUUUGUACUUUUUUCUUCGCUAGAAGCCCAAAGAAGAGGAGGAGAAAACAAGACCGCAGGAGGAGGAGAAAGAAAAGACUCGUCUGUCUUUACUGGAGGAUAAACUGGCAGAUGCACUCACACUGCUGCUGCAGCUACGCAACAAGGUUCAUACAAAACACACAUUAUUGUUUACCUUUGCCAUACAUGUAGAGCUCUUCAAGAAUUGUUGAUGGCUGUAUUGAGUAUUUGAUAUCAUGGGUCACAUGACGGCCUGAGCAAAAACAGCGAUGUGUACUAUAUUUAUUCAUCUAUUUAUCUUUUUAUUUAGGCAGUUUGUAUAUGUAUGUAUAAUGUAUAAUUGUGAUAUUGAUGGAAAAGAAAACUGACAGACAGGAGGAAGGUAGAGCAUUACAUCCACUUCUUUAUAAACUUUACUUAUAAGUGCAGUUAUCUAACAAGUCACCAUCUGUUUUUGAUAAUAUUUAAAUUCUGCUUUUUUUUUCUCUUAUCUUUCUCCUCCAGAACGUGUCCCGCAGAGCCCUGGAAAAGAUUGUGAUGGACACUUUGGAUGUGUGCAGCAGGAGUGGAGAUGGUAUGUUUCUCCUAAAUCUUUCUUUUGGAUCUUGGUCUUCAUGUUUUAGUGUUGUGUGUGUAGCUCACUAUCUUUCCAUCUAGGUCCAUCCCAGGUCCUGCAGGUAGCUGACGCUCUCUGUCUGCAGCUGUCCUCAAGGGAUCUCUUUGGAAAUGGGGCAGAGUCUGAAGCAGGAGACACUGGGGAGAAACUACUGGCUCCAUCUUCAGGCUGUCAAAGCAGUGGUGUCAACCCUCUGCUCAUCUCCUGUUAAAUAUGCUACAACUGCAGCACUUAUUUCAACUGAUUUUUUUUUUACUCUUUUUUUAUUUGUGGCUUUUUGCACCUCUGUAAAUUUCUUAUUUUAGC